CCUUUGAACCGAACCUAGAUCUACCCAAUAACGCCUUUUCAGGGAUCCAGAUGCCAAAAUAAGUACACUUCCAGCGGAGUUGAUCGAUUUGGAGAGAGAGAGAGAUGUUAAACGCUCUUUCUAUGCGAAGGACUGCUCAAUUCGGUGACGAAGGAGACGAACACCAAGAAGAUGGAUCCAAGACCAGAAAGCAGCUUUCAAUCGCUACGCGGGUCACCAACUAUUUGACCCGAACCGGUUAUCUCUGGCCGAUACUCUUUCUUGCCAUUGUCAUCUUCGUAAUCUACUCUCUCUUCAUUCGUUCCCGCAAUUUGGUUUGCGUUUCUUCCAUUUCUUCCUUUGAUCGACUCUCUCGUACCCGAUUCUUCGGAUUGGAUGGACUCGAAUCAGACUUUGGAUCCCUAGGCGUCCCAUGGUGCAGAUCGAAACAUGGCAAAACCAUUGAAUGGACAUCGAAGGAUCUGCUUCAAGGUUUGGAAGAGUUUGUACCAAUAUACGAGACACGACCCAUCAAGAACAACAUGUACGGAAUGGGUUUUGACCACAGCUUUGGGCUCUGGUUUAUCACACGAUGGCUGAAGCCAGAACUCAUGAUUGAAAGUGGAGCUUUCAAGGGACAUUCAACCUGGAUAUUAAGACAAGCCAUGCCAGACACCCCAAUUAUCUCACUUUCACCUCGUCAUCCUGCAAAAUACCUUUUGAAAGGCCCUGCAUAUGUCGAUCAAAACUGCACAUAUUUUGCUGGAAAGGAUUUUGUUGACUUUGGGAAUGUUAAUUGGUCAAAAGUGAUGAAGAAACAUGGCGUCAAUGAUUCAAGUCGGGUUCUUAUAUUCUUUGAUGAUCAUCAAAAUGAGUUGAAAAGAUUAAAGCAAGCACUUAAAGCUGGCUUCUCUCAUCUUGUAUUUGAAGACAACUAUGAUACUGGAACAGGAGAUCAUUAUUCCUUGAGACAGAUAUGUGAUCAGUUUUAUAUACAAGGAGGUGGACAUAGCUGCUUCAAAGAUAGUGAUGAAGCUAGACAAAGAAGAAAACGAAAACAAUUCUGGGAAAAGGCAGUUGACAUAAAUGACCUUUGUGGGCCCCAUGAGGCAUGGUGGGGGGUAAAAGGGUACAUGAGAGACGAUUUCAACCACACAAACAAACAAAUUUCACACACACAACAUUUCCAAAAUAGCAGAUUUGUAGAAUCCAUACUUGAUGUUUAUUGGGAGCUUCCACCAGUUGCAGGUCCUUCACUUACACAACAAACAAGAUAUGAUCCAGCACGUGUUUCAAAUCCUAUUGUUGAAGAUGGAAGAUUUGGUUUGUUUCAAAGGCUUGGGUUAUCGAGACUUGAGGAAACUGUAUUUAAUGGGUAUACUCAAAUGGUGUAUGUUAAGAUAUCUUUAAAUGAAAUGUAGUUGUAAGAUUAGUGUUUUAUUGUAUUAUUUGCAAUACCUGUGUAUUAAAAAAAAUUAAAUUAAAUAUGGAUGUCUAAACAUUUAGAAAGUUUGAAUUGAAUUUAUAAUGAAAGUGAG